UUUUAAUUAUUUUAUUAUAAGGCCUGCUGAAAAUGACUGAAUAUAAACUUGUGGUAGUUGGAGCUGGUGGCGUAGGCAAGAGUGCCUUGACGAUACAGCUAAUUCAGAAUCACUUUGUGGAUGAAUAUGAUCCAACAAUAGAGGAUUCCUACAGGAAGCAAGUAGUAAUUGAUGGAGAAACUUGUCUCUUGGAUAUUCUCGACACAGCAGGUCAAGAGGAGUACAGUGCAAUGAGGGACCAGUACAUGAGGACUGGGGAGGGCUUUCUUUGUGUAUUUGCCAUAAAUAAUACUAAAUCAUUUGAAGAUAUUCACCAUUAUAGAGAACAAAUUAAAAGAGUUAAAGACUCUGAAGAUGUACCUAUGGUCCUAGUAGGAAAUAAAUGUGAUUUGCCCUCUAGAACAGUAGACACAAAACAGGCUCAGGACUUAGCAAGAAGUUAUGGAAUUCCUUUUAUUGAAACAUCAGCAAAGACAAGACAGAGAGUGGAGGAUGCUUUUUAUACAUUGGUGAGAGAGAUCCGACAAUACAGAUUGAGAAAAAUCAACAAAGAAGAAAAGACUCCUGGCUGUGUGAAAAUUAAAAAAUGCAUUAUAAUGGGUGUUGACGAUGCCUUCUAUACAUUAGUUCGAGAAAUUCGAAAACAUAAAGAAAAGAUGAGCAAAGAUGGUAAAAAGAAGAAAAAGAAGUCAAAGACAAAGUGUAUAAUUAUGUAAAUAUAAUUUGUACUUUUUUCUUAAGGCAUACUUAAGUAAAAGUGGUAAUUUUUGUACAUUACACUAAAUUAUUAGCAUUUGUUUUAGCAUUACCUAAUUUUUUUCUGCUCCAUGCAAACUGUUAGCUUUUAUCUUAAAUACUUAUUUUAAAAUGACAGUGGAAACUUUUUUUCCUCUAAGUGCCAGUAUUCCCUGAGUUUUGGUUUUUGAACUAGCAAUGCCUGUGAAAAAGAAACUGAAUACCCGAGAUUUCUGUCUUGGGAUUUUUGGUGCAUGCAGUUGAUUACUUCCUGUUUUUCUUACCAAUUGUGAACGCUGGUGUGAAACAAAUUAAUGAAGCUUUUGAAUCAUCCCUAUUCUGUGUUUUAUCUAAUCACAUUAAUGGAAUGAUUACUAAUUAUAACUUCAGUUGAGACUUUAUGAUUGGUUUUACUGAAACAUUGAGGGAACACAAAUUUAUGGGCUUCCUGUCAAUUCAGCUUCCAGGCAUCAUGUCCUAUUGUUUGUCAUCCUUAAUUGAAUGUAAAGUUACACUGUUCACAAAGGUUUUGUCUCCUUUCCACUGCUAUUAGUUAUGGUGUCUUUCUCAAAAUUAUAUUUUUUCUAUAAAAAGAAAAAAAUGGAAAAAAUACAAGGCAAUGGAAAAUAUUAAAAGACCAUUUCCUUUCCACAUUGGAUAAAUUACUGUAAGACUCCUAAUAGCUUUUCCUGUUAAGACAGACCCAGUAUGAAAUAGGGAUUAUAGCAACCAUUUUGGGGGCUGUAUUUACAUGCUACUAAAUUUUUUAAAAAUUGAAAAAAUGUUAACAUGUAUAAAAAUUCUCAUAGGAAUUAAAUGUAGUCUCCCUGUGUCAGAUUGCUCUUUUGUAGCAUAACUUUAAAUCUUUUCUUGAACUUCAGUCUUUGAAAAUAGUUUCAAUUCUGAUAGUGAUAUUAAAGAUCAUUCCGGCCAGUUAUAGCUUAGUGGGUGUUAAGUAGACCAAGGUUGCAAGUCCUGUGGGAGCCUUUGAACUUCAUUGAGAGUUUCACAGUAUGGACUGCAUCGCAAGCAUUGGUAGGUCAAAAUCCGGACUAAGAGAGAGUUUGGGUAGUUCAACAAGAUGCAGACUGUCAGUGUAUGCUGACAUUGUUGUCAAGCAUUGGUUGGUCAAAAUCCGGACUAAGAGAGAGUUUGGGUAGUUCAACAAGAUGCAGACUGUCAGUGUAUGCUGACAUUGUUGUCAAGCAUUGGUUGGUCAAAAUCCGGACUAAGAGAGAGUUUGGGUAGUUCAACAAGAUGCAGACUGUCAGUGUAUGCUGACAUUGUUGUCAAGCAUUGGUUGGUCAAAAUCAGGACUAAGAGAGAGUUUGGGUAGUUCAACAAGAUGUAGACGGUCAGUGUAUGAUGGUUCUGCUGACAAAUCAGGAGUGUCACUUUUGUUCUUAAAAACAAUUUCUGUAAAAACUUACUUUGAAAUAUUAAAAGUAGAGAUUUCAGGGUGGGGGGUUGCUAAAACAUUAAUUUUUUUUAAGUAAUUGAAAAAAUUUCAAAAUCUCUAGGUUUGACUAGUUAUCUUAACACUGGCUAAAUUUAACAUUUUCAUAAACAUUUUUCAAGUCUGAACCAUAUUUAAGAAUAUCUAAUGCUUAAAAAAUUGCAUUAAUAAAAGGUCCUUUUAAUUGAUUUGAAAUAUUUGAAGUGAGAGGAGAUGGUGUGGUAAGGUGAAAAUAUUACUGGACUAGGAGGAAGGUGACUUAGAUUUUAGAUCUGUGUCUUAGAACUCUCCAUUUUGGACAAAUCACUUGCUAUCCAUUUCUUCAUGAAAAAAACAAGUCAUCUCAAAGGCUUUAUCUGACUUUUUAACUAUGUGAUUUGAUUUAAUUCUGUUUAUAUAAGGCUCUUACAGUUUGUCAAGCUCAGCACAAUCUGUAACUUUUCACCUGCCUUACCAUCUUUAGUACCAGUCUUAGGCAAAAUUGUGCAAGAGGCGACGUUUAUAUUUGAAAUAUCCAUCCUCUAGUUUUAGGCCUCCUCUCCCAUGUUAGUGUCAUCUUGCCUGCCUAACCCUUCCAUAUGCCCUCAUGACUUCAUGCAAUUUUCUUUUAAUUCCCAUAACCUCAAGAUUUAUUGCUGCUAUGGAUAUAUCUUCAUGAAGGUUUUCUAUUAAGUCACAUCAGAAAUGCCCUACAUCUUAUUUCCUCAGGGCUCAAAAUAAUCUGACAAAUAUCACAAUGGGAUUUGAUCUUGUAGCUAAUCUUUAAUCCUGAUGCUUUGAACAUCAUCUCUUUACUUCUUGGUCCAUUUGUGACUAAGUAGGAAUUUUCAAACCUGAUAUGAAAAGACAGAGCCCUAUCCAAUAGAAGGAGAAUUUAAUAAAGGUAAUGCUGAAAGAAUUCCUUAAGUAAUUUACAGCUAGAACUAGCCCUGGUAUUUUUCAUUGUAAUACAUUCCCUCUUUUUAAUAACUUAAAAUCUUACAAUGAAAAACACUUAAACAUUUAAUUCAUAAGGUUACUUUUUUGCAGAAUUCAUUUAUUCAACAAAUACUUGUUGAGUGCCUACCAGAUGCCAACCGCUGCACAAGAAAUUGAGGAUAGGGGGUAUCCCCAAACAAGAAACAAUUCCUGUCCUCAGGUAGUGUUAGAGUGGUCUGUAGUAUCUUAGGCCCUUGGUGCAUGACCAGAGAUAAACAUAAUGCAUAUUUUAAUUUUGCAGAGAAGAGGUUUGGUUUCUAAGAUUUCUUCCAAUUCUAAAAUAAUUGUUUUGCUAUCAUUCCAAAGCAACUGUUUAAUCAAGCUAUUUUAUAUAAAUCACUUCAUUGUUUUAAAGGCAUAAACUUGAUAGUAUUGUUUUUUAUUUGGACUAACUGAUUCUGUCAGGACAGCUAUCAUACACAUUAAGUUGUAUGUCAGAUACUAAUGUUAAAAAUCCCAAAGGUAUAAUAUUCCAGUUUUCUCUUUUAAAAUAGACGUUUACAAAUUAAAAAUUGACUUCUGAAAUAGUUUUGUUUACCUUGGUAUGAAUAAACAGGUGCCUAAACUGAUUCACAGGAAAGGAAACUUGUGUAAAAGUAAGAUUUCUGAAAUGCCACGGUAAACUACAGAUUUAUGGGACAUUGUCUAGGUAGGGGUGUUAAGACUUAACACAGUACCUCCUCUUGUUACUACACAGAGAAAGAAAUGGCCAUACUUCAGGAACUGCAGUAAAUGACUGAGAGGAUGUUUAGAACUUUUGAAUUUUUGAUGUAGCUGGGCAUUUUUUUCAAGUAGUGCUAAUUAUCUUUUAUUAUGUGAAUUUUGAGUGGUUUAACAAAAGGUUUUGUUGAGAUUUUAACAAGGGAGAGAAUACUAGAAAUAACAAAUGUUACCUGAUUUUUUUUUUUCUUUUAUUUGAAGGUCAAAGAAAUGUUAUCUGAUUAUUAAAAACAGCCUUAAAAAUAAAAAUCCUUGUUGAAGUUUUUUUUUUUUAAGUACUAAAUUAAAUAGUCUUAGGCAUUAACAUGUUUGUGGAAGAAUAUAGCAGACAUAUAUAGCAUAAUUUUAGUGAAUAUUCCCAGUUAGGAAUUCUAGGCUCUAUUUUAACUGAGUCACACUGCAUAGGAACUUAGAACCUAACUUUUAUAGGUUAUCAAAACUUUGGCCACCAUUGCACAAUUUUGUCCUAAUAUAUAGAGAAACUUUGAGGCAUGUUAAGUUACAGUUUGCACAAGUUCAUCUCAUUUGUAUUCCAGUGAUUUUUGUCUUUUAAUCUUUUUCUUCCAAGCAAUAUAUACUUACACUUAGGGUUUAUUUUGUAGGCAGUGUAAACUAUCUGAAGUUAUUUCCAUUUAUCAAAAAGUAAUAAUUUCUUGAUAAUUAUAGUGAUGUUUUCAAAAACUCAGCAGUUACUUAUAUUUAGUAAUUUGUGUUCAUAGAGUAGCAUGAAUUCUGCAUUGAGAAAUUGAAUAACCUACAAGUUGUAAAUUCUGUCAAAAUGAAAAUGAUUUCUUUCUAAAAACAUAUUUAUAUUAGUUCUUGAAGAAUAAUCAUAACCAGAUUAAAAUUUGUGUUUCAGUUUAAUAGUUUGAAGUGCCUGUUUGGGAUGAUGAUAGGCGAUUUCAGUGAAUUUAGGAAAAACAAAGUUAUCUAUAAAAUUGUCAGUUACAGGGGGCUCUACCACCCCUUCCCCCCUCAGCUAAUUGGGUUACAAUAAUGCUUUAUCCGAAAGUUUCCAAUUCCACUGUCUUGUGUUUUCAUGUUGAAAAUACUUUUGCAUUUUUUCUUUGAGUGCCAAUUUCUUACUAGUACUAUUUCUUAAUGUAACAUGUUUACCUGGAAUGUAUUUUAACUAUUUUUGUAUAGUGUAAACUGAAACAUGCACAUUUUGUACAUUGUGCUUUUUUUUGUGGGACAUAUGCAGUGUGAUCCAGUUGUUUUCCAUCAUUUGGUUGCGCUGACCUAGGAAUGUUGGUCAUAAUCAAACAUUUAAAAUUGACCACUCUUUUAAUUAAAAUUAACUUUUAAAUGUUUAUAGGAGUAUGUGCUGUGAAGUGAUCUGAAAUUUGUAAUAUUUUUGUCAUGAACUGUACUGCUCCUAAUUAUUGUAAUGUAAUAAAAAUAGUUAUGGUGA